UGGAUCGCAGCUCCAAGAGGAGGCAGGUGAAGCCUUUGGCAGCUUCUCUCCUGGAAGCUCUUGAUUAUGAUAGUUCAGAUGACAGUGAUUUUAAAGUUGGAGAUGCUUCAGGACUCGCUGAUUCUUGAGAAGAGUCAAAACUGGAGCUCACAGAAAAUGGACCACAUUCUCAUUUGCUGUGUUUGUCUCGGAGACAAUAGUGAAGAUGCAGAUGAGAUAAUUCAGUGUGACAAUUGUGGCAUUACAGUUCAUGAAGGUUGUUAUGGAGUUGAUGGGGAGAGUGACUCUAUUAUGAGUUCGGCUUCUGAAAACUCCACCGAGCCUUGGUUUUGUGAUGCCUGUAAAUGUGGUGUUUCUCCUAGCUGUGAACUGUGUCCUAAUCAGGAUGGAAUUUUCAAGGAGACGGAUGCUGGAAGAUGGGUCCACAUUGUUUGUGCCCUAUAUGUUCCUGGAGUAGCCUUUGGAGAUAUUGAUAAGUUACGACCAGUAACACUAACAGAAAUGAACUAUUCUAAAUAUGGUGCCAAGGAGUGUAGCUUUUGUGAAGACCCUCGCUUUGCGAGAACUGGAGUUUGCAUUAGCUGUGAUGCAGGGAUGUGCAGAGCCUAUUUUCAUGUUACCUGUGCCCAGAAGGAAGGUCUGCUUUCAGAGGCGGCAGCAGAAGAGGAUAUAGCAGAUCCAUUUUUUGCUUAUUGUAAACAGCAUGCAGAUAGGUUAGACAGGAAGUGGAAAAGAAAAAACUACUUGGCUCUACAAUCCUAUUGUAAAAUGUCUUUGCAAGAGAGAGAAAAACAACUAUCUCCUGAAGCACAGGCAAGGAUCAAUGCCCGACUGCAGCAAUAUCGUGCCAAGGCAGAGCUGGCUCGAUCUACCAGACCACAAGCCUGGGUACCAAGGGAAAAGUUACCCAGGCCACUCACAAGUAGUGCUUCAGCCAUUCGUAAACUGAUGCGCAAAGCAGAACUAAUGGGGAUCAGUACAGAUAUCUUUCCAGUGGACAAUUCAGAUACUAGUUCUAGUGUGGAUGGAAGGAGGAAACAUAAGCAGCCAGCUCUCACUGCUGAUUUUGUGAAUUACUAUUUUGAGAGAAAUAUGCGCAUGAUUCAAAUUCAGGAAAAUAUGGCUGAACAAAAGAAUAUAAAGGAUAAAUUAGAGAAUGAGCAAGAAAAGCUUCAUGUAGAAUAUAAUAAGCUCUGUGAAUCUUUAGAAGAACUGCAAAAUCUGAAUGGGAAACUUCGAAGUGAAGGGCAAGGAAUAUGGGCCUUACUUGGCCGAAUUACAGGGCAGAAGUUGAAUGUACCGGCAAUUUUACGAGCACCUAAGGAGAGAAAACCCAGUAAAAAAGAAGGAGGCACACAAAAGACAUCUGCUCUUCCUACAGUACUUUAUAGUUGUGGAAUUUGUAAGAAGAACCAUGACCAGCAUCUCCUUUUAUUGUGUGACACCUGUAAGCUGCAUUACCAUCUUGGGUGCCUUGAUCCGCCCCUUACAAGGAUGCCAAGAAAGACCAAAAACAGUUACUGGCAGUGCUCAGAGUGUGACCAGGCAGGGAGCAGUGACAUGGAAGCAGACAUGGCUAUGGAAACGUUGCCAGACGGAACCAAACGAUCAAGGAGACAGAUUAAGGAACCAGUGAAAUUUGUUCCACAGGACGUGCCACCAGAACCCAAGAAGAUUCCAAUAAGAAACACGAGAACCAGAGGACGAAAGCGAAGCUUUGUUCCCGAGGAAGAAAAACAUGAGGAAAGAGUUCCUAGAGAAAGAAGGCAGAGGCAGUCCGUGCUGCAAAAGAAGCCCAAGGCUGAAGACUUACGGACUGAAUGUGCAACUUGCAAAGGCACUGGAGAUAAUGAGAAUCUUGUCAGAUACCCUUCAUGAGACCCAACUCUGCCACAGCUCAUCCUCGGAGGCAGUCCUGGAAACCUCUUUUAUAAGUGUGAUUUUAAAAUGUGGAUAAAACUCAAUAGAGCAUAUAAACUAAAGGAGAACAGCUAUCUUGUCCUUCCCAUAAGCUUAUCACUGCAAAAAGUGCUUUUGCUUGUCAGGUUUGGAUAGAAUGUAAUUGAUUGGUCUGUUAUAUGGGUAGACAAGGCAGUUAAUUUGCCUGUGGAUUUUUUUUUCCUUUUUUCUUUCUAUUUUCUUCUUUCUCCCCUUUCUUUCUCUCUCUCUCUCUCUCUCUCUCUCUCUCUCUCUCUCUCUCUCUCUCCUCUCUCUCCUCUCUCUCCUCUCUCUCUCUCUCUCUCUCUCUCUCUCUCUCUGUUACAAUACUCAGAAAUACUUGGUGUACACAUUAUUAAAAACAACAGUGGGUAUUGUCUUGUCAGAAUUGUUAUAGUGGGUAAAUGUCUUUCCCUCUUGCUCCUUUGGUCCAAGACAAUACAGUAUUUGGACUGAAUGAAGACUAAAGGAAGCCAGUGGAACUUACAUGCUCUGUGCUUCCCUUUUGUUGAACAAUUACCUCCAUUAUUUGUUUGUAAAAGGACAAUGCUUGCCACUGAUCUGCAAGUCUGUAUCAACUUAUUUACUACAUGUAUUCACACAUGAAAGAAAUUCUUCAAUGGGAACAACUCUAGACUCAAAUUUAAUUUGUUUGUGAUAUUCAGCAAACGUGAAAGACUGGUGAAGAUUACAACUUUCUGGUUUCGAGUAGUAUGAAAGCACUUGAUAUUAGCAUGGACAUUUGAUAACUAGAAUUUAAGCUCAAGAAUAAACGUACUAUCUGUAUUAGUGUGUAGGUACUUUUUUCAGAAAUACCCAAAUUCAUUCCUUAUUGUUUCAUUUAAUACGAACUCUGUGUUCCAUACAAUUUUACUUUUUUGAACUUAAAUGUGAAGCUAUGAAAUGAGGGAGAUACAGAGCUUGUUGAGUAUACAACCUGCCUGCUGAAAGAUCUUCACCAGCACCUGUGUCUUCCCAGAGGCUUACAGAGUUUACAUUUGAUCUUCCUGCUUUACUGGUCCAGUUUUAAGUCAACGGCAGAAAGACUUUGACUAUUGCACCAUUUAUCUUGAACUGAUUUAGAAGAGACUGCUGAAAUUGAAAUGCACAUACACAUGUAAAUUGUCAAAUUGUCUCUUGGAGUUCCGUUGUUUAUCAUUGUGGAUUUGGAUUUUUCUAGGUAUAUGGGCAUUUGGAAUAGUUUAAACUGUAGAAAUAGAAUAGACAAUGCUGUAGAUAGCCAAUGUGUGUGUAAUUGUAAAGUUGGUGUCUCUAGUAAUCUGUAGUUAUAGGAACCAUAUGACUGGAUAAAAUGUUUAGUAAAAUUAAACAUGUAGGAAAUAAUGUAUAAAGAUGCUAUUAAUUUAUUGGUAGGUAUUAUAGCACUGGAGAAAAUAUCCAUAACCCUUAUGAAAAGCAAUAUGCUUUCUUUAGGUAUAAAGAAGAACCAACUAUUAUUAAUUUAUGGAAAAGUUGGUGAACACCAACAAAUUUUAUGAAAAAUGCCAGUAGCAGAUUAGCAUUUUUCAAAUGAACUAUGCCUUAGGCCAACUUUCUUUUAGCAUAAGGUAAGAAUUCAUUAGUGGAUAUUUUUUUGAUUAGGGUUUCUUUUUCCUUCCUCUGUGUUUCUGUUUUAGUUCUGAGAAAUCAUAGGUAGUGUGGUUGUAAUGGCACUGUUAACCAAAAGCCCUUUCACAUUGGUUAUGAUUAGAAAAAGCCAGUUACCAUUCUUCAUGUUUUAGUUUUCAGUGGUAGAUUAUGCUCUUCCAAGCUUGGUAAAUAACCCAUGUUACAUGUUUUUCACACAUUACCGGUAUAAGUUGCACAAUUCCUAAAUGAUAGUUUCUCAAAAGUCUCCAUCUUCUGAAGAGAAAAAAAUGAAAUAUUUUCUCUUAAUGAUCUUCUAAAUAACGGUAGAAAAUUAGCUUUUGCCCAUUACUGGUCCAUUGUUAUUAAAGAGCAAAAUUAAUGUUUAUCUAAGCAAAUAUUUCAGAAUGAUUUAUAUCUUACAGAUAUGUGUAAAGGGGAAUGACAGCUCAGGUAUUUGACAGUUAUACGCCACAGAAACAGAAAUGAAAGAAAAAGUAUCAGGAAGGAGCUGGAAGAGUGCUUAAUUGGUAAAGUGCAUAUAAGCAUGAAGACCAGUACCCAUGUGAACAGCUGGGUAUACUGGGUCAGACUUGUAAUUCCAAUAAGUACUGGGGCCAGAGACAGAAGGGUCUCUGUGACUUACUGGUCACUACCAUACAGAUUGGGCAAGUACCAGGUGAAUGAGAGAUCCUAGCUCAAAAACCAUGGUAGACAAUUCUGAAGCAGGAUGGCCCCUGCCCCCCCCCCACCCCCACACACCGUGUUAGAUAAUAAUUGGGAAGGGAAUUAAAUGCCUCUGAAAAAAUACACAGUGGAUGAUAUGGUAGUAAUAGAUGAGAGUCACAGGAAGGUUUUGCUGAGACUUGACUGGCUGUCAUUUUCUUGUCCUCCCGUUCCUCUCCCUGCCUCUCCGCAGUGUUCCAUUCUGUAGAUGUGUGAUGAGAUGAAAAAUCUGAAUUUGUAACAGGUUCAGAAUAAUGUUGAUUUAGCUGGUCAGGAUUACUUUGAGAACAAUUUGUGUAUAGUUAUUUGUUUAAAAUAAUAUAUUCAGUAUUAAUUAAUAAUGAAUGUUGAUGUCUUUAAGGGGCUCAGAUUUCUCAAAAUACUUGUUUCUAGACAGAGGGUUUGUAGAACAGUAAUUUCUUCCGAAACAUACAACAUACAACUUCCUUCAUUUUUAAAAACUCAUUUAAACAUUUAUUUCACAAAUAGAGCAACACUGCUUACCCAAAGUGUCCUGGUCUUUUUGUUUCUUGGUUUUUUUUUUAAGAGUUAGGAUUAUGUAUCAUAUGAAAAUAAUGUUUAGCUUUAGCCUGUAUUGUGUUUUAAAUUUAGAUAUUUAUUCAUCACUUAUGUAUCACUGUACUUUGUGUUUCCUGAAUGUUUAUACAAUAUUUUAUGUGGCAUAAAAAUAGAUUUCUGACAAAUAAUGUUCAUUUUACUUGCCCUACUUUCCUGUUUAUAUAUCCUGUUUCUUAGUGAAACACUUUUUAAGCACUCAAAGUUACAUACUUUAAACAUUCUUACAUACAUCCUCAUUGGUAUGUUUUACUUGACUCACAGUAUGGAAAUAUUUUACCAAAAUCUGUUUAAGAAUUCAGAAGGAUGCUGCAAUAGAUUAGAACAUUAACAGUUUUCAAAAUAUUUUUUAGUUUCUGAAAUUAUUUUUGACUAGUGAAACCUGUUGAAGAGACUUAACAGGACACAUAGGCAGAUAUCACAGAUGACAAGAUAUAUGAAGGCAGAAUUUAUCCAUAUCUGCCUGAGCCAUCACUUUGUAAAUUUAGGUAACAGUAUGGACUAUGAACAGAGACAGGUUUUACAAGUGAUUUUUUUAUUUUUUAAAAAACAUGUAGAUUUAUUUCCUGUAGCGAUCACCCUAACGUGUUCUGUAGGCCUGCCAGUAAGAUUGACUGCUGUUCAGGUACAUAAGAUGUAAUGAAAUUGAAUGUUCAUGCUGGGCUGGUAAAUAAAAUGAGAUUGACCCCCGAGUCAUUAUCUCUUUUACCUGAUUUACAUUGUAAAAUCAGGAUCUACACUAUUGAUUGGAGUAUAAUUAGUUAAUUAUGAACGAGGAAAUGCAAAGUUAUGUGGAGCUUGAACACAGCAGGUUGUAGUGCUAAAAAAUGUCCAAGGGCAUGAGCAGAUGGAGAUCAGUUUACUAAAGAACAAAGCAGACAUGUUUCAGGUCUGGAAAUGUCUAAUCAUUUGCUCAUGCUGUCAAGAGAUACUUGACCUUAGUGUGUGUGUUUUCAUAUGAAUUGCCUUGUUUCAGGUUCUGCUUUUUGUUUUGUUUUGUUUUUUAUUUUACUUUGAAAGUUGCAAGCUGGCUGUUGCAGAUGUAGAUAAGGAAUAGAAUCCACUCUUUAAGUGGACUUGGAUUUUACUUUUCCCAAAUAGUGUUUCAGUCUAUAGUCACCUGUAAUGAAACACUUUAGACUGCCGUACCACCCACGCUUUCACUGUUGAUGGUGAGAGACAGCCCCAGUAGCAUUAAUGAAAUAGGUUCACGUGUUCCACAUUGUCUGAAAUUUGUGAAAUAUGAUUUAAAACACAGUUUCUAAUUAAUUUGUAUAGAAAAUGCUUAUGUAGAUGACUUACACUCAAAUUGUUAAAUGUUAUAAGGAAUAAAAUGUCUUAGUUAUAAGUAUCAUACCAUUGAUAGAAUUUAAGAGUGUUGUGACAGUUCAUAUUAUUUAAAAAUUUUAAGGGGACUCAUAUUUAUCCUAUUUGUUAAGACAUUUAAUUGAAAGGAUUGGUCACUGCUCACAGAAGUAACCUAUCACUGUAGUUGCUAAAUUUGUGUUUGAAUUGCUAGUAAGGUUUGAUUUAAUAUUAAUAUUAAAUAUUCAAGGCUAAUUGAUGGGAAAGUCAGAACCCCACCCCACCCUCAAUCAGUUCUCUUGAUGCUCUUGUUUCUAAGUGAAAAAUGUAAUGUGAUGUAGUUUCAGAGACAAUUCUUUAUCCAGCAUUGCUAGACUGGGAGGGAAGACUGAGUGAGUACUGCGUUGCAUUAAGGUAACAGAAUAUCUAUAAUUGUCAACACCAAUGUGAUCCUGAAACAGUACAUCCCUUUUUAAAGUCUGAGCCAUAGAUAUUGUUUCUUUCUAAAGGCCAGUUUAUCAGCUACUUGCUUAGGAGGUAUAUUCACUUAUUUCAUCUAGUAUUUUUUCUAAAUAGUUACUUAGUGUAUGCCCCAAAUGAACUUACUAAUUGAAAAUUAAGGAAGUUAAAGAAAUCAUUUAGAGCAGUGUUUCUCAACCUUCCUAAUGCUGUGACCCUUAAAUACAGUU